CACGCACCCGCUUCUGCUCCCUUUGAUUUAUUUUUCUCUUUUUCCCUCCCGCUCCCCCAGACGGACAAGCAGCCGCCCGCACUCCCCCAGCGCGGGCCGGCCACGCUGAUGCGGCCGCUAAGGGAGAGGAUAGUGGUUAAAGCUCGAGCUGGAUGGAUGGGUAUGGGGAGAGGGGCAGGAUCCACAGCCCUGGGACUUUUCCAAAUCCUCCCUGUCUUUCUCUGCAUCUCCCCUUCAGUGACGUCUCCAUGCAACAUCCUCAAGUGCAACUCUGAGUACCUGGCAGCCACGUCUGGCUCUCACCACCCGGGCACGGAGGAGGUGCCCGAGUUCUGCACGGCGCUGCGCGCCUAUGCGCACUGCACCCGCAGCACGGCCCGCACGUGCAGGGGCGACCUGGCCUACCACUCCGCCGUUCAUGGCAUAGACGAUCUCAUGGUGCAGCACAACUGCUCCAAGGAUGGCCCCACUUCCCAGCCCCGGCUCCGGACAUUACCCCCUGGCGAUAGCCAAGAGCGCUCCGACAGCCCCGAGAUCUGCCACUACGAAAAGAGCUUUCACAAGCACUCGGCCACCCCGAACUAUACUCACUGUGGGCUCUUUGGAGACCCCCACCUCAGGACUUUCACAGACAGCUUCCAGACGUGCAAGGUGCAAGGGGCUUGGCCGCUCAUAGACAAUAACUACCUGAACGUCCAGGUCACCAACACGCCGGUGUUGCCUGGCUCCACAGCCACCGCCACGAGCAAGCUCACCAUCAUUUUCAAGAGCUUCCAGGAGUGUGUGGACCAGAAAGUGUACCAGGCAGAGAUGGAUGAGCUACCUGCUGCCUUUGCUGACGGCUCCAAGAAUGGUGGAGACAAACAUGGAGCCAACAGCCUGAAGAUCACUGAAAAGGUCUCGGGCCAGCACAUUGAGAUCCAAGCAAAGUACAUUGGGACCACUAUCGUGGUGAGGCAGGUGGGCCGGUACCUCACCUUUGCUGUGCGCAUGCCGGAAGAGGUGGUGAAUGCCGUGGAGGAUAGGGACAACCAGGGCCUCUACCUGUGUCUCCGCGGCUGCCCGCUCAACCAGCAGAUUGAUGUCCAGACCUUCCGUUCCCCUCAGGCCACGGAGGGCCGCACCCGUAGGAAGGGGCCCGUCCUCCCCGCCGCCCCCGAGGCCUUCACGUAUGAAACGGCCACAGCCAAGUGCAGGGAAAAGCUGCCCGUAGAGGACCUCUACUUCCAGUCCUGCGUCUUCGACCUCCUCACCACAGGGGAUGUCAACUUCAUGCUGGCUGCUUAUUACGCCUUUGAGGAUGUGAAGAUGCUUCACUCCAACAAGGAAAAACUGCACCUCUAUGAAAGGACACGGGACCUGAGUGCUGGCAACGCGGCUCCCUCGCGGCGUCCUCGGGCCCUCCUCGCCCUCUGGGCAGCCCUGCUGUGUCUGAGUCAGUGGUGGUCAGUGUUGUUAUAGAUGUUUACUCCCACGUGCCGUGUAGAGUGGGAAGAGGGGAGCAGGAAGGGGUGACAUGACGGCAGUGCUGGACAGUGAGAGGUUGGAUAGCAGAUCCAGCUGGGAGCUAAAGGAUUGUCCUCAAAUCUCAGCGCCUCUCUUCAGUGCUGGCCUUUCCCCUUCCCAGUUCUUGCCCAGGAGGAACGUGCUGUCCCCGGGACCGGUUAGGAGUGUUUUUUUUGGACUAUACCUCACGUGGCACUUCCCCACCUCCCCCGCUCCUCCUCCUCCCAGUAGUAUGGAUGUCGGGGAGCACCAGCCUCCCCUUAGUGCUCCCUCGUGGUACUGAAAAUGCUCGUGGUGACUGUGACGUUGGCGUUUGUGACCGUGGCUUUGUGUUAGGGGUGCAGUGCCCGUGAGGAGGCAGGAUGGGGCCAGGGCCUGUGGCCCCUUCAGCGGCCUGUUUGGCACAGCCAGCUCUGAGGGUAAUCCUGCUCCUUUGCAAGCACCGGUGCCAAGCGGCGUUAGGGACAGGGAGAGCGGGGGCCAAAGGGAAAGGACACAGCGUUUUGCUGGUGCUGGGCUCUCCUGCCCUGUGGCCAGCGGCACGAGGCAGCUUCUGGUCACAGCRGGACACGCUCCUCAAGUCCUGGUGGUCACUGCAGCUCGAAGGGCAUCCCCUCUUUUAGCCUGUUCCCUGGGCUGGUUCGCUCAGCGGGUUUUAACAUUCCCUGCUGCCUAAUGCCCAUGCCCAGAUCCACUGAGGACUCCUGGUUGUGACAGGAGGAACCUGGCUAGUAUUCAAGCGGUUUCUUCAACUUUCGCCCAGCACUGGAGAAGUUCUUGCGCCAUUUGCCCUUUGCUCGCUUAAAAUGGGCAGCRGGGAGGCUGGUUGGCGGGGAGAGCCGAUCCGCAGGCUCCCCGGCGCCGUGGCAGCGGCAGGGCCUGCGCCCGCCCCGAGAGCUCGCGAGGGAAGCCCACGAGCCAGCCGGGCCCCGCGGGYGGAGCCGGAGCUUCGCUCCCUGUUUGUUUGCUGCUAGGUCUCUGCUCCUCUCCUAGUCCUGAGGCAUGACUUGCUACCCCGUUUCAGACCUGUCGCACCUGAAGCCCUGCUGGGCUUGAAUCUGAAACGGGGCCAUGUUAGAAAGCCAGCCAGGAGACUGGAUGCAGCAGAGGACCCCCCCACACACCCUUUCCCAAAAGCUCCCAAAUGUCUGUUCCCUGGCUUGAAACCAUCAGUAAUCUUCCUCCUCCUCCAUGGUGUAGGCUGCCUGUUUCUUCUUCCCCGUGCUCCUCUGUGGUUCACCUCAACACUCACUGAACAAGCGGCAAGACCACCAUUGGUCUGCGUCUUGGAGACCUCUUUAUAGAUUUCGCCUCCAUUCCUUAGUGGGAAAUUCCCUGAAAUCAGCCCCAAACUAUGGGGGGAGCUCCUGUUCUCCAGGGUGGUCUCCAGGCACGAUGAAACAAGCUAUCACCAAAAGAGGGGGGACAUUUGGCAGUCUGAACUGGUGCCAAGAGGCAGCCUGAUGUAAAUACUUAACGUGACUAUUCAGUGUGUCCUAACAGCUCUAGAGCUCCAUUUGUAAAGCAGCAGAGAAAUGCAAAAUUGUGUCGAUGGAUGUAAUUUAUAUUGUCUUUUUAAUAUAUAGAGCCCUGGCAUUGAUCUCGUGUGACUGUACAGAUGAAGAGAUGUAAUUGUUUUUUUAAAUGUUUAAGGGAAGAAGUGGAAAAAAAAAAAAAAAGAUGUGUUUACUACUUUGCUCCUUGCUUUGUUUGCUGAUGCCCCAGGUAUUCUGUCUAGGGAGAUUUUAAAAUAAGGAUAUCACAGUUUGGAGGCACUGAGGAGACCAACUACUGGACCGUGGCACUGGAUGGGUUAAUGCCACACAGGGCGGCAGCUUCCCGAUGCACUAAUGGCUUAGCUGAGGCCAGGACUUUUUGUUUCCUUUCCUAAGUGAAGAGCCAAGUUUUUGUCUCCCCUAGAAAUUGGAUAUGCAAGUUCUGAAAGCCAAAACUUGUCGCUGCAUAAAAGGAGACUUUUGCUUCUCAACCUGUUACCCCCACAGAUAACCCUACUAGGCUUUAAAGCAUCCCUSUGAGGAGCCGGCACUCCUUCAAAGCGGGCUGAGCCGGGCAGCAGGGUAGUGAUGUGUUACUACUUCCCAAAUGACUUCUGCUUCCUAAAAAGCCAUCAUGCUAAGGCAGGUUGUGCUGUGGUUUUGGGCUAAUUUCCAGCCCAGAAAAGUCUAUCAUUAUCUCAUAGC